UGCGCGAGCUGUGCUUUCCACUUUCCCGCACUGACGACUGAUGGGUUCGACUUCUUUCCCACACGUCAAGGGCACCGGGUAGAUGGUCAAAGGCCGCGGCAUAAGAAGAUGGUGAAUCGAAGGGAUGUCCCAGCGAGAAAACGCGACAUGGCUUCCUUUUGCGUUUCAUGCCCUGGUUGGAUGCUGCCUGCGGAAUGAGCCGCUAGCGCAGAAACUACCGUGGACGCUCAAAUUCGAGUGCGUGUUUUCUUGCAUUUUGUGUGGUGUUGUAACUCACAGACUUGGUGAAGGAGAUUGUGCAGGGCGCGAGAUGAAUUGUGUUGCCUGCAAUUGUCACAUCCACGCAGACAUGGGGAUUUGCGUUGUUUCUUUAACUGUUUCAUACUGUUUCUGUGUGGCACGAAAUGGCACGACAGCUCUCAUGGUUGGCGGAGGUGAGUCAGUUCAAGAAACUUGUGCUCGAAUGUGGUUCAGAUCCGACAAGUUCGUCUUCAAGGUCUGCCAGUUCUGCGCGCUUGGCGCAAACCCAAGCUUCUGCAGACCCAGAAGACCCACCGGGCGCAGGUUUCUUUGGCGAUUCCUGUUCAGAGGUUCCUGGUCCGCUGAUCAAUGGACAGUUUGAGCUCCCCGGAGAGUACAGACAGCGUUUGGAGGAAAGCGAGGAUGCGGGAGUCGUCGUCACUACGAGAUCAGGAGCCAAUGCCCUUGUGUGGCUGAGCCAUGUGCCUGACCAGCCCCAGCUGCUUCUAGUAGUUUCAGACACGUUCCGGACGCACCGCGUGAAGCCCGUGCGAGGUUGGAUGGAGACCAUGGACAAUGGAGUUGUCAUUGGCGCUUUCGAGGUGUCUGACUUGAACGGUCAGCCACUCUCAUCUGAGCGCACAACUCAGUUGGAAACAGCGUUGAUGCAGGCUGGAGAGCGCGGGUCACAUGGCAAGGCCAGACUCCACUCCGUGCCACACAAAUGUGUGGCUGCCUGCAAGCCUUUGCAAGCUCGCAAUGGCCGCUCUUUCGACGAUGCCAUUCCUGAUGCUGACGCCUCCACGAUUUCUGCAUCGUGA